AUGAAAUUGAACACAUCACUUUUUAUAUGUCUAUUUUUUUCUGCCAUAAUUGCCAUUAAGGCAAAUGACGACGACCAAGAAGAGUACGAUUAUCAGUCAACGGAAAAUGUAGAAAACGAGAUUCCUAUAGAGGAAGACGAACAGGAAGUGAACAUCCAAGAAGAAGACGGCAACCAGCAGCAGGAACCCGAAACAGUCCCUUUUCAGUAUGAACCCAGCAAACGGGUGGAAGAGAUGGAGAAUGACAUGCCGGAAAGCGAUAAGGCAUUCAUCGGGGCUGGUAAGUUGAAGGCUACCAUGAUGGACACGUACGCGAACGCGAUGGCGACGGAUGCGGCCCGGAGCGGAUUCUCCAAUGCAAAUUACGAGUGGCAGCUGGUGCUCGAGGGUCCGGAAGCUGCCAGGGUGAUCGGAACGUCCGGCCAGAACUUCAACACGAUUGUCACGUCCGCCGAAGGCGCGGACAUGAUCAACAUGCUGGCCACCACCGUGCACGUGCUGUUAGCCAAGGCCGGCGAGCAGAAGAUGAGCUCUGGGCUCAGAGACAUCAUGUCGAUGACGUACUCGCUGUUCACGUCACCCUACAUGCCCGAGAUCGUCAACAUGGUCGGUGGGCUGGUCAUCACUAUCGCGAACAAACCCGGUGCCCCACUGUUCACCAGGACGUACUGGAACGAGACUAGGAAACUCUUGUCUGAUAAGAACCUCAAUGAAAAACUGAAAAAGUAUUUCGCCAACAUAAUAUCCAUGAUGAAGUCAUUAAGCGGAAUAAUGAAAGGCGGCAAGCAAGUAUUGAGCAGACGUAGACGUGCCAUCGCGUAG